UUUAUGUAUACAAGUAUUCAUAUUGCCACGUAGCGUACACAAUUUGUAUGCAUGGCGAUCUCACCGGUAGUCGUGCUGGCCGUUAGGAGUCUAACGUUCGUUUGCCUGUUGGUGUCGCUCAUCCUAAUCACUACCAACACCAUUACUUUACCUUCUUCCGAUUACGAUUGGGGUUGGGGUUCAAAUAUCAAGUUUAAUGAUAUCUAUGCUUUUCGCUACCUAGUUGCCACACUGAUUCUGGGAUUAGCGUAUACUCUUCUCCAAACUGUUUUUGCCGUUAUCCAAGCCUGCACCGGAAAACGCGUCGGGGGGGAGCGUUUCUGCGUGUUCGACUUUUUUGGUGACAAGGUUGUUUCGUACCUUCUUGUGACCGGAGCGGCCGCUAGUUUUGCCAUGACUCGAGAACUCAAGGACGCCAACACGGAUGACGGCAUGGAUAAAUUUGCCAACAAGGCAAGCGUGGCGGCUAGACUUUGUUUAGUUGGUUUCUUGUUUGCUGCCACCUCGUCCGUCUUCUCGUCUUAUGCUCUUCCUAAGAGAGCCUGAUUAAUUGACCAGAUCAGAUUGUUCGAUAUGAUCUCUGCGUGGAUUAUUCAUCGAAUUGGCUUAUGGUGUCGGAUUAUUUCUCAUCUUCCGAUGUUAAUUUCUGCUCAAAACUUGCUCUAUGUACCAUAUUUUCGUUGAAAUUAUUGUUCGUGUGUAUUGUUUUUAGUGCAUGUAUGUCGUUAUGUCUAAAUUCUUCAACUAUCGUAAACUUUAUUUCAAA